ACAAGUUCUGUGCUGAUGAGUCUGGCAGAAGCCGCCUCGAUCUGGUCUCCAGCCACGCUCAGCAAAACCAGCCCUUUGUUUUCCGGGCAGGCUUUACGGGAUCCACUUUACAGGACUCCCGGGGGUUAUCACUUCAUUUCGGAUUCUGGCUGCUUCACAGGGUGGGUUGCCCAGCUGCCAGAGCGUGUGACAGAGGAGCAUUACUGCUCUGGUGUUGCAAGGCUGUUCCCUGUGGGCCUGAGGAGAGGCUUCCACGGCCCGCAAGACAACUGCGAGUGCCGUUUUCCAGUAUUUAGAUUCUGCAAAUCAAAAUGCCACAGAAACUUUAAAAAGAAGCGAAAUCCCAGAAAGAUGAGAUGGACCAAAGCAUUCCGGAAAGCAGCUGGCAAAGAAUUGACAGUGGAUAAUUCGUUUGAGUUUGAAAAACGUAGAAAUGAGCCAGUGAAAUACCAGAGGGAGCUGUGGAACAAGACUGUUGAUGCAAUGAAGAGAGUGGAGGAAAUAAAGAAAAAACGCCAAGCUAGAUAUAUUAUGAACAGAUUAAAAAAGAGCAAAGAGUUGCAGAAGGCAGAAGACAUCAAGGAAGUCAAACAGAAUAUCCACCUUCUUCGUGCUCCACAUGCAGGUACACCAAAACAGCUGGAGGACAGAAUGGUGCAGAAGCUACAAGAGGAUGUGGCUAUGGAAGAAGACUCUUAAAGUGCUUUUAUUUUCUAUUUAUAUCUCCUCAGCAGUUAACAGUUCCCUGCUGCCUCACCUGACAUCAUUCAGAACAGAGCUUGCACUUGAAGAAAAAUACAUUUUAAUGAAUAGUGGCCCUUUGCAGUUUGAAUGAUUUUUGGUUUUAUAAAAUAUAAUGUGAUGAAUACUAAUUGGGGCAGUACUUAAAAUUACAUAAUUUGAGAAAACCACCUCAACAGAAUGGAGAACAAGGCAUAUUGCUUGAGAUACUGUGUGCUCCUUGCAAAGUUAUACUUUCUUUCUGAGUAACUUUCCCCUGCUAAUGCAAGGAAUAAAAGAUCUUGUCUGUGAGCUUUUCCUAUUUUGGCUGUUAUUUUGUAGUGGUAAAAGCAGUUAUAAAUCUAUCUUAAUGCCUACAGAGUGGGGCAGGAUAUAUUAUUUUUCAUCAGUCCAGUGCAGUUCAGACUUACUUUCACUCGUCACUGGGAAAAAGGUUCAGUUUCUUAUGAAUGCCUGCCGUGUUUGGUUUAUCUCCUCUUUAGUCAGCUUCCCCAGGAUUACAGUGCAGUUGACACCUAAGCCUGGCAGAGCUAACAGUGAUGUAGGACCUACUGCUGUUUGGAAAAUAGUGAUGAUGAUAGCAUCCAGUCUGAAGUUGGACCUGCCAUCCUCCUGACCUACUGAAAUUCAAAUCUGGCACGUAAUCAGGCUGACUGAGAUGCUCAGUAAAUCCUGCUUUGGACUG